CGUGCUCCCCAAGGCGUCUUUGGCCGGCCCCGGGGGACAGAGACUGGAGCUCCGUCUUCCUCAGGGCAGACACUCUCCUACAACCUGGCAGGCGGCACCAUGAGGCAGAGCGGACGAGCUGCGCUUCUGGUGGCGCUGCUGCUCCUGGCACAGCUGCGCCCGGGGAGCAGCCACUGGAGCCCGGCGGCAGCGGCGGCGGCGGCGGCGUCCGGGGUCCAGGAUCCGAAUCUGCGCUGGAGCCCUAGGACGCGGAAUCAGGGCGACGGGGCCCGCGCGCUCCUCUUGCUGUUAGCGGAGCGCUUCCCGCGCCACUCGGGAUCCGGGACGGCAGGGGAGCGGCCGCGACGGGACGACCCUCCACUGUCCAUUGACCUCACCUUCCACCUGCUGCGAACUCUGCUGGAGUUGGCGCGGACACAGAGCCAGCGCGAGCGCGCAGAGCAGAACCGCAUCAUACUCGACUCUGUGGGCAAGUGACCGGCCCCGUGUGGGACCACUUGACCCUUUCUCCUACCCUGGGGCUGGAGCGUGCGUGACCGGAACUGGCUCAGUCCCGCGGUGCAGCACCUACCAGAGACACCCUGAGCAUUCUGCGUGGCUAUUUUUUUUUAAUAAAACUGCU